AUGGGCCGACCGACCGAUCUGCCCCCGUCGUAUGAAGAGAGUGUCGCCAGCGAUCCGCCCGCCGCCUCGCGUCCAUUCCCUCCUCCUGCCUUCCCCGCUCCUCCGACCGACAACACAACAGCACCCAUCCCCGGCAGCAGAACCUACCAGAGCGUCCGCUCCGACACUCGAGAAUCCGACACCGUCACUCUUGCUCCCGCCCUCAGCCAGGAUGCGUCGGCCCUGCACACGCUCAUUGCCCGCCAAGCCGAGAUCCCGCCGCGACCGUACCUGACCGUGCGCGGCUCCCACACCGAAACUCGUCACGACCACAACCGCAAGGAGGACCGCAAGGAGACCGUCGAGGACUUUUCCUUCAAAAUCGAUUUAUCUGGAUACCUGGUCCGCGAUGAGCACGCGUCCCAGCAGCAGGGCGAUGACUACGACACCGGAGUACAGCUAGCCCCAGAUUCUCAGGACGGGUGGCACGUUCUGACCCUCGUUCGCGAUAACGACGGACAAAAGGCCUAUCGUGGAGGACGGUGGAAGUCGGAUACAUGGGCGGGGCAUGAGCAGAGACAGAGGUUGCAAGCAGUACACCUGGAGGAUGGGCCACACACCGAGACCGCCGGGUUGGUGCAGGAGCACGAGGAUGGUCCUAGCUUGAUGGGCUGGUGUGAGCGGUUCUGCGACGAUCCGGCCCCUGUGAAAUCGUUCGCCUUUGGUCGCAGCGUCGUCGGAUUCGACAGUGACGUUCUCCACUCCGCGUUGACGUCCCAUCUGCGCAGUCUCCACUACAAGGGGGACAUUAGCAUCACGACAAACCUAGCAAAUAGGGACCUGGUCGUGUACUCGCCUCACUGGGUGAACCAACUGCGAAAUAACGGUUUUGUGUACUGGUGCUGCAUUAUCCUGCAGCUGUGGAUCAUCGCGUGGCCGGUUAUCUUUUUCCUCGAGCGUCGCUACGAUGUGGCCCGCUCGGUGUGGUACUUUUCCCGAGUGGAAGGAGGUGAUACCCAGUACGCGUGUCACCGGAAUGAGGCAUCCAUAGCCGAUGAGUUGGCCCCGGCGGUGACACAAGCAGCUUUGGAGCGACGACUCGAUGGGAAGAUGCUCACACCGCAGGAGAUGGAGCUGCUUCACCGGCUAGGAAGAGAGCGACAGCAGCGUGGCGUGGUCGUGAUGCAGUGGGAUCGGUUCCUGGGAUGGGGGAGCGAUUCCUAG